AUGAAGAUUGAGCUUCACCCCAGACUGCAACUUCCUUCCUCUCUCCAACAUCUAGUAUUUGAUCUGAAAACUGAAGUUUAAAAAUCAACAGAUGAAGGGCUUAUGCCCAAAACACCGACUCUCCUGCUCCUCAGAUGCUGCCUGACCUGCUGUGCUUUUCCACGCUUUUUGACUCUGACUCUCCAGCGUCUGCUGUCCUCAAUUUCACGUCAAUGUCUGACAGUCGUUCAGUCCUUUGGGCCUGUAACGAGUUUUGACUAAGAUUCUGUGAGAAGGAGCAAAGUUUUUUGGUCCCUGUUUCAGUACGUUUUCAGCAUCGGUGGGACGGAAUGAGAGAUCCUACUGUUACAGCGCACUGAGUGUGGAACCUAAAACAGUUAUCCAGCCUGGAAAGAGGAAUUCACGGUGGGGAGGGACUGUACAUGUGUUUGUGUACCGCUGAAGCUUCAGCCAUGGAGAAACCCGAGGAAUCCCGCCCCGUGGAGAAAUCUUGGAAGUGUGGCGACUGUGGGAAAGGCUUCCAUGUCCUGUCUGUCCUGGAUGCUCAUCGGCGCAGUCACACUGGGGUCAGGCCAUUCUCCUGCCCUGAGUGUGGGAAGGGAUUCAGCAGUUCCUACACCCUGCUGAGGCACCAACGGGUCCACACAGGGGAGAGGCCCUUCAGCUGCUCCGAGUGCGGGAAGGCCUUCAGCAAUUCCUCUGACCUACUGAAGCACCAGCGUGUCCACACCGGGGAGAGACCGUUCGCCUGCCCAGAGUGUGGGAAGGGGUUCAGCAGUUCCUCCGCCUUGCUGACCCACCAGAGGGUCCACACAGGGGAGAAGCCCUUCAGCUGCCCCAAGUGUGGGAAGGCCUUCACCCAGGCCUUUUCCCUGCUGAGGCACCAGAGUGUCCACACAGGGGAGAGGCCAUUCACUUGCCCAGAGUGCGGGAAGGGGUUCAGCGAUUCCUCUGCCCUGCUGACCCACCGGCGGGUCCACACUGGGGAGAGGCCUUUCAGCUGCCCUGAGUGUGGGAAGGGAUUCAGCAGUUCCUACACCCUGCUGAGGCACCAACGGGUCCACACAGGGGAGAGGCCUUUCAGCUGCCCUGAGUGUGGGAAGGCCUUCACCCAUGCCUCCAACCUGCUGACCCACCGGUGGGUCCACACCAGGGAGAGGCCCUUCAGUUGCCCCGAGUGUGGUAAGGCCUUCAGCAAUUUCUCCCACGUGGUGAUCCACCGGCGGGUCCACUCCGGGGAGAGGCCAUUCACUUGUCCUGAGUGCGCAAAGGCCUUCAGCAAUUCCUCUGACUUACUGAAGCACCAGUGGGUUCACACCGGUGACUAA